AUGAAACAGGAAGCACCCACGAGUUGCCCGACAGUAGCAACAAGUUACGGCCAGCUUCCCACAGUGUUUGUUGACGAGGUCAGCGCAUGCAGGAUGCAAUCGAGGAGCGCAAAUUCUACAAGACAUAUUUUGGGAUCUGCAGGCAACGCCAGGGAGUCGACAUCCUCUAACUCAACAGCCGUCGAUGAACCCAAAAUGUCUCCUCUUUCUGCUCCGCAGUCGACGCCCACGAUGAACGGCCCCUCGCCAAUCGUUUCUCAUGCACGGAUCGGCGGUACCGCCACUGAUAAGGCGGGCCUUCCACCUGCAAUCCCCCACAAGACACCGCCUUCUGACAGGAUGGCGAUAUCGACUUCACGGCCUAACAGCCGAUUGCAAUCCGGGCCAAGUCUUCAUUCGAUUUUGAUGCGCCGACGCCUCCACGCGCAUGCCCUCGCCAUCAACUCUGAACAACGACAUCCCAGAAAAAAAGUACAUGAACCCGUACUUAUAGACAAGCCGCGGGACCGGAGCCCUUGGCCACCGACCUCCUACUCCCUCCCAACCGCCAGCCUCAUGUAUGACGACCAUCCGUUUUCCCAGUGGCUCCAGCCAGCUUUGGGCGAAAACGACUCCCCCAUCUCCCCCGCGUCCUCUUCGUCUGGCUCGUCAUUUGCUUCUUACCGUCCAUCGACAGUGCCACAGCCCUCGAUAUAUGGCGCGCUCCCCUAUCCUACCCACAAUCCCCGGCCAGCCUUCAUGACCUUUCGCUUCACGGCCCUGGAAGCUAGCAUAUCGGAAGGAGGAUUGCUAAAUGCCAGCGUCACGGGUCCUCCAAACGCAAAAACCUACUAUCGCAUACGCACCGAUGCGCCUGCAGAGGGAUUCACGGUCGUUGCCCAGGCAGGGUCCAAUGCGCCGGUGGCGGUCAUCCAGUGGUCAGGCGACGGCAUAAUCUCUGGUCCGGUGGUAGAGGUCAAGGGCGUGGUGUCCAAGAGGCUGACACGGGAGUGGUUGUCUUUGUCGCCUGAGAAGAGCUACCGUACAAUGUUGGCUCGGGAGCGCUCGUUCGUGUGGGUGCCAGAAGGGGCUCAUAUCUCCCUGUACACUGCUGGCCUACGGCUGCCGCAAAUGUUCGGCCGGAUAUCUUCGGAAGCUGAAACCGGCGCAUUACGACUCGAAAUCACCGCCGAAGCUAUUCAGAUUGGGCUACUCGAAGUAUGCGUCGUCUCUGCCAUCCUCCUCCAGUCGGGCCGGCGCAUCGACUAG